AAAAUGUCUCCUGAACCAAUUGUUGGAGAUUAUCGACCAUGUGAGAAUUCAGAUGGUGAACAUGCGAAAGAAGUAGCACAAUGGGCAGUAACAGAAUACAACAUAAAACACCGCCAUGAACGUCCUUACUUGUACCUUCUUAGUGUAUUGAAGUGCGAGUCGCAAGUGGUGGCUGGAACCAAUUGGCGUCUGGGGUUGAAGUGUAAGGAUGAAAAUAAUAUUGAGGUAAACUGUGAGGCUGUUGUGUGGGAGAAGAGAUGGGAGAAUUUCUUGGAGCUCACAUCCUUCGUAGUAUUCUACCCAUCUUCUGGCUGACAAGGGAUAUCCCUUGUAACUCCCACCUAAAGUUAUUGCUUUUAUGCAUAUGUAUGUUAUGUACUCCCCUCCUUUACUAUCAAUAUAUAUAGAUCUAUAAAUAAUGGGAUUAUAAAAUAAAUUAAUUAAUCCUAUCAAUAUAUAUGUAUGUUAUGUAUUUUC